GUAAACAGGAGUUAGAAGCCACAAUAUUCAGUGGAACGCAAUGGACGAUGCGCUCACGUGCUUAGACAAAAUGUUGGUCGCGAGCGUUGUGCUGGUCGCGUCGGCCCUGGCGAGCGCCGGCCCCGCCACCGAGUCAUAUAAGGAUCAGUUUUGUACGGACCCAAGAACAAUGAAGAAGUACGAGCCUUACGUGGAGUGGGCUGACGAAUACUCCUGCACAAGGCACAGGUGCCAGCCUGGAGGGCGGAACCUUGCCAUUUACACUGUCGGUUGCAAACGCGUGGAGGCUCCGGAAUCAGCAAUCGAGUGUGAAGAAGUGGUUGAAGAUACGAACAUGCAAUUCCCAUUCUGCUGCACGAGACUAAGGUGCCUGGUAGUGGUGAGAGGCGAGGUAUGGACCAGGGUGCUCGGGCAGCCUUGGGAGCACCUCCCGGCCGCACCCUGGAGUCACAUGUAUAAGAUGAAGAAACCGCCGCCCGGCGACACCUUCCUUCCCAAGACUCCAGAGCAAGGUCCAGUGUACGAGCUGAUGGACCCUGAAGCAAACAACCCACGAGACAAGGUUCUGAGGGCCGGCAAGACAACAACAACAGAGAACCCUGAUUGCAACGAUGUGGUGCCGAGGUCUGCUCCGGCGCCUGAUAUCGUGAUAGCAUUAUCUACAAACAGCGACCAGAAGGAACAUAAAAAGGGAGAAAGGAAGAGACACAAGCGAAUCCAUAAGUCAAGUGCAUCGCAGAACAGCAUGCCAGAAGAAGGACAUGACCAGGAGCUUCAGGAGAUGGAAGAUGCUGCGUUUACUGAGAAACCGCCGGAACCAGCAUCGGAGGAGCGAUUCAACGUCAACGCCUAUGGGGUCACACAGAGGAUACAAUUUAAAAACCAACACCACCAAGUGUCCUGGACGGAGAUACCGCAGAAUCAGUGGAGUGAACACGAAACCCCUCCUGAAGCUGAUGCCAACAAGGAAAACAAUUUUCCUCAAGAAUUUCCUCCCCAAGAGCCAGAGAAGAAGGAAGAGAAGCCAAACAAUCUCCAGGCUUUGGUAGAUGCCAUCGGUACCAGGAUGAGGGAUAUCGAGAAUGUGGUGCAGAGGAUGAGCGAGAAGGUUCACAGAGACAAAGUACCUGAGCCCGAGUAUGGAAGUUUGGAAAAAAGACCUGAAAUGGAACCCCAUAAACAUCACAAAGACAAUAACGAUGUAGAAUAUGGUAAAAUGAAGAAACCAAACCCAGAAGGAGAUCAUUAUAAAAGGUUUUCAGUAAGGAAUCGUGGAAGCAAGUACCUCCACGGCAUGGCGGACGCCACCACCGAGCAGCCGCUCUUUAUAGAGGACAACAACAUGAACGGAUACUUCAGCGAUGCCAGCAACAACGUGCUCAGGAGAGCGAACCACCCAAAGGAACCAGCAGCAACGUACAUGGCUCCUGUAGAUACACGUAGAAAGGCACCGUCUCAUAUCGUCCUCUCAGACUCGUCGGGCGACCAGAAAAAACGGAAAAAGCACCUGCACAAGAAAAAGCGCGGGAAAGGCCACGGACAUAAGAAGCACCACGGCAAGGAAGAGAAACGGAAACGUUUUACGAAACUAAGCUCAGCGGAGAGUGAUAAAAAUGCCGUCUCCUUGGAAGACAGCAGCGCGGUGACCAAUAAAUAAUUCUUCAAAGUUGAUAA